AUGCAUGGUGUCCUCGGAUCAAACUUCAUACUUUUUCCAACGCCAUUGAAAGCAGGUGCUGCCGUCACCUAUAACGGAACAGACUUCCUUGUCCAGGACGACUGUACAGGCCAGAUUAGGGAAGCGUACAUCGCUGCAGACAGUAUCUCAUACUUCCAUGCAAUGGGGUUAGAGGCUGUCACUGUUUAA